CUCUCCCUCUCUCUCUCUCUCUCGUUAUUUUCGAAAUUGAUUAUGCCAUUCCGUUGUAAAUGUGGACGAACUUUUGAAAAACCUGAUUCCUUCUCAACUCAUACAUCAGCUUGUGCUUCCUUCCAUCAUCGGCGUAUGUCUGAUACAGCAGCACUGUUUACGCAACCAACAAUACAUCCACAUGCUUCUUCAUUGCCUUCCAUCUAUACUACUCCAUUGACUUUUAACCAUGCACCUGUAUCUCCCUCAUCAUCUUCUAUGGCAAGCUCACCAACCAAUGAUAUUCCUCAAGAAUUAAGCUCUUCUCCACCCUUAUGGAUGCCUACUGGAAUUUCCAUUCAAAAUGCUUUUGAAGGUGCCAGAAGAAGGUCCAUGUCUUAUGGCAGUUCUUUUAAAUAAAUAUAUCCUUUUGUUUUUUUUUUUCUCACACCCAUAUAUAUAUAUUCAGACUAGUAUCAUCGUCACCAUUUUUAUAUUCUUUUUUUUUUCUUUUUGUACAUAUCUUCAUUCUUAUUUAUCAAUAUCUUUUUUUUUUUAUUGUUCCUCUCAAUUGUCUAUUUUUUUUGAUUAUUAUUAUUAUUUGUUUGACUAUGAAAAACACGAAAAAUACCAAAAAAAAAAACAUUAUUUUUCCAAAUCUUCUUCUUUAUUUACCUUUUAAAUAAAAAAAAAUCCGUUCUAUAUGGUCUAUUUUUAUUGUUUGUAUCAACUGACAGAUGUUAC